GAAUUUUAGCUAAUUGUGCUUGACUUGAUUUUUCUCUCUUUCAUUGGCAUUGAGAUAUUUCGCAAGAGAGGAAAAAUGGGAAGAGCCCCGUGUUGUGCUAAAGUGGGUUUGUAUAGAGGUCCAUGGAGUGUCCAAGAAGAUGCUUUGCUCGUUAACUAUAUUCGAGUUCAUGGUGAAGGCCACUGGAGAAAUCUGCCUAAAAAUGCUGGGCUACUUAGAUGUGGGAAGAGUUGCAGGCUGAGAUGGAUGAACUAUCUGCGACCUGAUAUUAAAAGAGGAAACAUUUCACCAGAUGAGGAGGAACUUAUCAUCAAGCUUCAUUCUCUUCUUGGAAAUCGUUGGUCUCUCAUUGCUAAAAGGCUUCCAGGUCGAACCGACAAUGAGAUUAAAAACUACUGGAAUUCUCAUCUGAGCAAAAGAGUGGAAAAAGGUGAAGAAAGUAAACCAAAAACAUCAAAAGCGGUGAAGAAAAGGAGCCAGUCCACAACUGAAAAGAAACUCAAGAAGAAGAACGAGGAGAAAACGACUGCAAACGAAGAGACAAUUACAAAGACCAAAGUGUAUCUUCCCAAGGCUGUUAAGGUUUCUCCAUACUUCCAUGCAAUCAGUAACAUGGGUUUUGAGAACAUGGCAAGUGGAUCAUCGUCAUUAUCUAGCCAUGGAGAAGAUAAUAUUAUUAAAGCAGAUGAUCCAGAGGUUGCGUUGAAUGAUUCUCCAGCUCCAUGCUGGCCUCCUCUUAUAGAAGAAGAAGAAGAAGUUAACAACGCUCACAUUAACGAAGAAUGCUACAGUUUGACUGAUAAUAAUGCCUGCGAUAAUUCAUUUCUAAACUUUCUUGAUGGAUUUCUUGAAGAGUAUGAUCAGGAUGAUCUGCUUCUCAGUUAAGUUAACUGGAGGUCAACUUGAUCGAUUUAAGUCCUUUUCGAUCUGUUUGAUUGUUAAUGUCUCUAGUGAUUGAUGAAUGUUUGUAAAUUGUAAAUCUAUUGCGUUGAGUUUCCUGGUCAAUUAGAAGUAGCCAACCAGCAUAUUCUAGUGGCAUUAAAUAAUAUUAUCUACCAUCCAUUUUGUAUCAUGUUCAUAACUAAAGAAUAAAUAAGUUGGUCUGUCACGUCAGUUUCGUCAGAUGGCUUUCUUACUUUGCA